AUGCCUUCAGAUCAACCAAUUCCAGAUGUCUCACAUACGCAAGCCACAGCUGAGAGACAGACAACUCCCAGAGUCAUGAGAAAGUAUUCCUUUCUGAUGUUCAAUAUGAUGGUUAGUGAGACCGUGUGUAAGGAAAAUCAUGUUGUCUAUCAUGAUAUUAGGGGGAAUUUCACUGCUCUCAACUCCUUGUCUGUCAUUGUUGAAGUUCAAAUGGAGGAUAAUGAAAGCAGAAGAUCAGGCAUAACAGAAGCUCUAGAGCAACUGCUUACAGAACUUGAAGAUUUUCUGAAGAUAUUGGACAAGGAAAACCUCAGCAGCACUGCAAUAGUGAAGAAGAGCUUUCUGUCUGAUCUCCUUCGGCUCUGCACAAAAUCAAGUGGCGGCGAUGAGGAAUACAUUUACAUGAACAAAGUCACCAUCAAUAAACAGCAAUGUGAACCAGAGAAAGCUGAGAACGUUCUGGGUCAGAGAGACUCCUUGACCAAUGGAGAAGUGGAACAGCAUUUGUCUCCUCCUCAGAAGAGCUUGCCUGACCUCCCGCCACCAAAAAUAAUUCCAGAAACAAGGCAGCAUUCAUGCACCAAAACCGAGUCUCCAGAGGGGUACUACGAAGAAGCGGAGCCCUAUGGCAUCUCUACGAAUGAUGACGGAGAAGUGGUCAGCAGCUCCUAUGAAUCCUAUGACGAGGAAGAGAGCAGUAAGGGCAAGUCAGCUCCGCACCAGUGGCCCUCCACUGAAGCUUCCAUUGAACUCAUGAAAGAUGCCCGGAUCUGUGCUUUCCUAUGGCGGAAGAAAUGGCUGGGGCAGUGGGCCAAGCAGCUGUGCGUCAUUAAGGACAACAGGUUGUUGUGCUACAAGACGUCCAAGGACCACAACCCCCAGCUCGAUGUUAGUUUGGUGGGCUGCAGCGUCAUCCACAAGGAGAAGAAUGUGAGGAAGCAGGAGCACAAGCUGAAGAUCAUCCCAAUGAAUGCAGAUGUCAUUGUGUUGGGCUUGCAGAGUAAGGACCAGGCGGAACAGUGGCUCAGGGUUAUCCAAGAGACAAGCGGUCUCUAUCUUGAUGGGCUGUGCGAUGGGAACCAAUAUAUUCCAGACUCCCAGCGGCUUAGUUAUCCCAAAGUGGAGUCAUCGGAGAGAUAUUCAGUAACAUCAGAAAGUGGAGGCAGCAUGGAUGGCCAUCCAGAACUGCAAGAAACUAAAGAUGUUAAGAAAAAAGGCACAUCUGGAUUAAAGCUGAGCAACUUAAUGAACCUUGGGAGAAAGAAAUCAUCCUCAUUGGAUGGUCCAGAAAGGUCUUUGGAUACUUGUACAUACCUGAAUGUACUUGUGAACAGCCAGUGGCGAUCUCGGUGGUGUCACAUUAAAGACGGGCAGCUGCAUUUCUACCAGGACAAGAACAGAAGCAAAUCUGCUCAACAGCCUCUGAGCCUGAUAGGCUGCGACAUUAUUCCAGAGCCAAGCCUUGACCAUCUCUACUCUUUCCGUAUCCUGCAUAAUGGGGAAGAACUGGCCAUGUUAGAGGCCAAGUCUUGCGAAGAAAUGGGCCACUGGCUAGGCCUCCUUUUAUCAGAAUCUGGCUCGAAGACAGAUCCUGAAGAACUGACCUAUGACUAUGUGGAUGCUGACAGGGUGUCCUGCAUUGUGAGCGCUGCAAAGAAUUCAUUCCUUUUAAUGCAGAGGAAGUACUCCGAGCCCAACACCUAUAUUGAUAACCUGCCAAAGGGAAAAGGGGAACAAGAGGAACUCUAUGAUGAUGUGGACGUUCCAGAGGCAUCAGUGGAGGAAACACCCCCAAAUGAAAGCAGAGGUGAAGGGGAACAAGACAGAGUCUACCUAGACCUCACUCCUGUUAAAUCCUUCCUUCAUUGUGCUGGCAAGAAGCAGGCUCAGAUGUCCCCUUCAGAUUCUCCUUCUUUACAAAGAGCUUCAACUAAGAAUGCAACAGACUCCACCAAAGACUCAUCCGCGAUGCAUAAAGAAGCAGAUUUUAGCAGGAGGUCAAUGGAAAUCCCAGACCAGAAACAUCAAGGCAUCGAUGAGCUGCUGCCUUCACGGACAACGACGGUAAAAAUCCAGACACAACAGCAGCAAACAAUUGCCUUUCCUCAGAGUGGCCCUGAGAUCAAGGACACCACGACAAUUGUGACUGUUGCCAAAGAGAAACUGGACCGGUCCAAGGUCAUUAAUACAGCACCUGUAGAAAUCAAACUAGGCAAGAACAGGACAGAGGUGGAGGUGAAGCGGUACUCAGAAGAGAAAGAGCGCCUGGAGAAGGAGAAAGAAGAUAUCCGCUCUCAGCUGGCCCAGCUUCGGAAAGAGAGAAGGGAGCUGAAAGAGAUGCUGAUAAGCUGUGCAGAUAAGAGCCUUUUGUCUACAAAGGAGCAAAAACUGAAGGAAAUAGAGGAGGAGUGCAAAAAGAAGGAAGAUCAGCGUGUGGACUUGGAGCUGAGCCUUGUCGAAGUCAAGGAGAACCUCAGGAAAGCAGAAUCUGGUCCUGUUACACUAGGCACAGCUGUGGAUACUACACAUCUGGAAAAUGCAAGUCCCAAAGUGAAAGUUGCCAACCCUGUGAAUGGCACAGAGAACUCACCAGUGAAUUCAGCAAUGGCAUUGAAAAACCGGCCAUUAUCUGUUAUGGUCACAGGCAAAGGAACAGUUCUACAGAAAGCAAAGGAAUGGGAGAAAAAAGGUGCUAGUUAGGAAAUCACAGCAUCCAGAAUGGACUUAAGACUAGAACUGGCCCUGCAUAGACUAAAGGACUUUAUUGCCAGUAGGUAAAAAGGUCCAGAUCAGACAAAGCACGGCUGGCAGCAUUCUGUGUCAUCUGUCUAGAAGAAAUGAUGGACCUGGGACUUAUAUCAACACGGUCUUCUUCAGAAUAAGGAUUUUUCUCCUUUUAGCAGAGUUGUGCUGUGUAGCUAAGAGAGUUAACACAAAUGAAAACAUUGCUUCUAACCCUAUUGAUGUCUUUAAAAUGUUGCUGUACAUAAGGAUGCUUUUGUGUAUUUCUACGUUGGUGUUUUAUCAUUGUACAAUCCAAGAUUUGUCAUUAAUAACAGAGCAUGGAGUUAUGACUUCAAACCGGAUCUGUUUAAUGCUCUUUUGUUUUAUUUUGUUACACCUGGGCCAUAGGAUA